GUGCUCCCCUUGUCUCUCGCCAUCGCCGCCGUCGUCCUCGCUGCUCUCGACGUCGCCGACGACGCCCUCACCCCACCGUCUCUCCUCGCCGCACCUACCACCCUGAUACCACCAGGCUGCUCGUCUAGCAACAUCAGAGCUCCCGUCCCCGUCCCCCACGGACUGCCAGCAAAUGCCUACCUGCCGACGCAAGCGGGUGCUCCUCACCCAGCCCUCGCCCGCCCUCCUCAAGGCAGCCAAGUCCGACCCGUCCAAGCAGGUCUUCUUCCUCAAGCAGACCGGCGAGAUAUUCGAGACAUACGAGGCCUAUGCCGCGCGCAUGUCCUUCUACCGCCUCAAGCAGUUCCAGUGCGAAGUGACUGGCAAGAGCGGACUCGACUACUUUCAGGCCGUGGAGAGCGAGCGACAAGAGGCGCGCACCCUGCACGCGCGCUUCUCGGCCCCUCUCAAGCCUGCGGUUCUCCAAUCCGUCCAGUGGCAGGUUGUCGGUCGCCUGGACCACCUUGUUGAAGCUGUGUACGAGAGGUUCAAGGACCGCUACUUUAAGGACGAACGUAUUCUCGUUGACAUUUCUGGCACUAAAUACCACGCCCGAAUCGAAAAGGUGUUCCCACCCAAAUACAGCAGCAAUGUCGAUGCCCGCGACGCUAUCGGCAAGGGCGAAACAUCCUCGUCUGCCUUGGAAGAAGAGGGCCCGCCCCACACGAUCGGAGGCGACCUCUCGAUACCCGUCAAGGACUCCGUAGCGAAGGAUGACCCGUGUUCCUACUUCUAUUGGGUUACCCUGCUAGAACUCGAGAGGGACCCCAACAACCGCCGAUCGAAGGCGCCUCCUCCCCAGAAGGACGACCAGAUGAUCGGCAGCGUCAUGGAGGUGCAGUGCGGCAUGAUGAGCCGCGACCGCCUCUCGUUUUCCAAGUCUAUCCUCCGACGAUUCAUCCGCGACUGCGUCGACCGCGAUCCCGCCGUCGCCUCCCCAUGGAUCGUCAAGCCCGCCAUCGCCGCGCACUAUGGCGUCUCCUCGAACAUGCCCGACAAGACGCGCGAGGGCGUGAACGCCGCGAAGAAGGGCGAGAUGGACAAGCGCAAGAAGCACUGGGAAGACAAGGACGGGCCUCCGGCGAAGAAGCAGAAGAAGAUGACCGCCGCGCAGGAGGAGAAGGCUCGCGCUGCUGCCGCGCUGGCCGAGAAGAAGGAGCGCGAGAAGGCAGAGGCGCAGAAGGCGAAGGAGGAGGCCGAGCGGCUGGCGGCAGAGAAGAAAAAGAAGAAGCCGAUUCGGUACCCUACCGAGGAUCUCGACGUGCACUUGACAGACAAGGACAAGGCUGCCGGCUUGCGCUUAGAGCGACCGCUAGCCUCUCGGACAGCCCUGCCCUUCAACGAUACCCCCGGUACUUUCGAGUCUUUCCUUUUGGCAUGGAACUUCAUUAACGGUCAUGGGUCCGCCUUACACAUAUCACCAUUCACGCUGGAUGAAUUCGAGCACGCGCUAAGACACAGUGACCCCGAAGAACCUUGCGCGCUGUUAGCAGAAGUGCACGCCGUGCUGAUCUACAAUCUGCGCACAAUACCCUUCCAUCGCCAUAGCGCGCUCUUGUCGUUGCUGCAACUCAAGGAUCGGUAUGAGGCACGGAACGUGGACGACUCCCUGUGGGGUAUAUCUCUGCAAGAACUCGUCGAUGCAAUGGCGGAGGUCGGCGGCAACUGGGAGCGAGUCGCGUUGAGAGUGAAUGAAGGGCGCGCAGGCUGGGAAGAUGCCAUGGUGGGCUGUCUGAAAGAUCAUGCAAACUUGCAGAACUUCCCUCGCCUAAGAGAAGUCCUGACACGACUGCUCUUCGACGAGAACAACAACCCUACCGUGCCGGAAGUGUCGUACCCUUACUUGCCUCCGGAGGACCGGAUCGCUAUCCUGACUUUCAUGUGCGACGUCGCCAUUUCAAGCAAGGCCGUGCACCAGCACAUGGAGCAGUGCGAGGAGCAGCUCACCGCGCUGAGGAAGGAGAAGAUUGAGGUCAACAGGCAGAAAAAGUCUUACAUUGAGGAGAUGAACAAUCUCAUGGCGGAGAUCAAGGAGGAGAACGCGAAGAACGGUAUCCCCGACGAGGAUGUCACCAUGGCCGACGUCGCGAGCGAGACCUCCGAAACGCCCGUCUCCGAAGGUGGCGAUACACCCACCAGCACCAGCAGCACGAAGCGCGGCAAGGGCAAGGGCCUGCAGAAGAAGGCGCAAAUGCAAGCCCAUGCGACCCAGCGCCAGGCCGCGCGCGCCAAGCAGGCGUCGGCUAAGCAAGCGCUCGCCGAGCACCGCCGCCUCGACGAAGAGGUCAACAAGAUCGAGCGCAGGCUGGAGGGCAUCGAGCGCGAUUUCCGAAGACUGCUCGGCGGGGUGCGCGUGAAGCCGCUUGGAAGGGAUAGGUUCUACAACCGGGUGUGGUGGUUCGAUGGGCUGGGCUCGGUGGCGUUGCUGGGCCCUGGUGGUGCGGUGCAGUACGGGACGGGGCGGAUAUUCUUGCAGGGCCCAAGCGAGUUCGAUAGCGAUAUACUGCAGCGGAGGGAGGAGGACGUUGAGGCGCGGAGGCUGGAGGAAGAGACGAGUGAGGGAAUGCUGGGCUCUGGGGACUGGGCGGUAUACUCGGAGGUUGAGGAGCUGGAACGCUACAUGCAGUGGCUCAAUGUCAAGGGACAUCGCGAGCUGGCGCUCAAGAACACGUUGACGAAGUGGUGGCCCCAUAUCACCGGUGGCAUGCGCAAGCGCUAUGCGGAUCUCAACGCGAAGCAGCUCGCGCCCGAAGCGCGCCGUAGCUCACGCAAAGUCAACGCAGCGUCCGACCCUGGCAAGGAGCCGUACCUGCUCUGGACAAACCGUCUUGCCACCAACGGUGCAUGACCGUAAGCAUUGGCGCAUAUGACUCCUGUCAAUGGCCCUCCGCCCUCAUCCCUGCCUGCCUCUUGUUGGUGAUACGACCACUAGUUGGUUCCUCCGCUAGUUGGUUCCUCCGAAUUCUCGCCCCCAUCUUCCUGUGCACUCAACUGAUACCUGCAUCCUAUGUUCGCCUUCGACGGAAUUCGUCAGGUCAUAGUGUACAACUCGCGCAUCUGUAACUUUAUUCAGCCAUGUUCUUUAGAUAUCACUUACUCUACAUAGCAGCAGCCACGUACUUACACGCUUUCUACUUCGCUGUGAAUAUAGCCUCCUCGUCCAGCGGGGGUCUCUAUAUGAGGCCGGCCUGUG